ACCUUUUCUCACGCACCAAAGUCCCUCCAAAUCUCCGCUCCCGCUGCAACGCGAUGCUGGGUAAAAAGUCCAAUGGACGCCCAUGUGAAGCUGGGCCGCUGGCUGCUUCGCCUUGGCCCUCUCGGAUACCAUUCUCUUUCUGUCAGCGUCACUUUCGCUUCUAGUCUUACGCUUUGCUUUGAUGGACGUGCCGGUGUUUGUUAGCUGACGAGGCUGGAGCCUGUGCCUCUUUUUCUUUCCAUCUCGACGCCAUUCUCUCGAUAUCUGACGAUAAUCGACAUGCCUCGCUCGGCGAUUGCGGUUGCGUGCCUUUUGGCAAGACCGGUAGCUGGUUUGGCUGGAUGGUGGACUUGGUCGCCCUACACUCUGACACCGCAUUUCGCAUACCAAGACCCGGGAUCUGGUGAUAUUCUGCACAGCUCGUGCAAUAGCAAUGGAUCGGCUUCCUUUUCGACAAAAAACCCAAACAAAUUUCCGCUCAAGGAGCAACCCAAGGCCGCGACACCGCUCGCUAUCUCAGGAUGGUGGGACGACGACCUCAAUACGCCAAUCGCCUCCGUAUUCUACCAGAAUGCCGACGACGGGAUCGUGAAUGCGUACUUGAUAUGCGACAACACAACAGGCAAUUACAAGCUCGACACCGAUGGCCAAGAGGUCGUUUCCGACUCGGCUGGGCUGCCCUCAGUGAACGAAAAGACUGGAUUGGCGGUCGCAGAACUUGGAGACUCAGGCGGCUCCCGAGUCUACUACCACGACGAAGAUGGACGAGUCAACCUCCUCGCAUACGAUGACGAUACCGAUUGGCGAUACGAUGGUCCGGUUUCGCUGAAGAAGCCGGGUGGUAUGACGAUAGCGGCUGUACAAACAAAGGGCACCAACGUUUCGGUAGUGUAUCCUUACGAUAGCAAGGACAUUGUUGUUGCUCGCUACAAUAACAAUAACAAGAGCAAAUGGCGCCUAGAAUCCUUCCCAACGCCGUUCGAUAGCCCAGCGCCGACGAAUGCGACCGAGCCUUCCGAUAUUCGACUCGAUACAUCAACAGCGGCAUCGCUCACUCUCCCCUCCUACGACAAUUCUGCCGUUGAUCUAGGCAUUGCGAACCAAGCUGGCAAGGGAUUGACAGUGUUUUAUAUUGGCAAAGACUCUCAGUUACACGCGAUAACACAUAAGAACGGCGAUUGGGCAGAGGAGGACAGUCCCGGGAAGAAGAAAUGGCCUGAAGCAGACGACGCUUCCGCGCGCUUGGCUGUUGUUUCACCGCUGGACUCAGACGAGAUAUGGGUAUACUACAUGAGCGGCGAUAAGAUCCAAGAGCUACACAAAUCUGAUGGUGGAUCUUGGGACAAUGCGCAAACACCAUCGUCAAAUAACUCUGCGGACAGCGACUCGGGAUCUGAAGGCGGCGACGAGGCAACAAGCACAGGCGGUAAUUCUGGCGCAAAAGAGACAGAUAGCGCCACAUCUGAUUCAGAUACGGGAGGAAUGACAGCUGGAGCAAAGGCUGGUGUUGGCGUUGGAGUCAGCGUGGGUGUGCUUGCAAUUGCUGCUGGUGCGUUUUUCUUCCUGCGCCGAAAGCGUCAGACGCCUGUUGACAGCGAGCGUAAAGGGUCGGCUGAGCUGGCUACUUAUCAUCCUGUUGAGCUGCCGACCGAGGUGCAUGAGCCGCAGGAGUUGUCGGGGAUACAGAACCAACAGUAUGAGCUGCUUGGCGACACGAGGAGGAGGACGUAGAGCAGUAUCUAGUUGAGUCCGCAAUACCAUGCCUUGUUUGAGCCACAGUAAACCGUGAUGGCUCUCCAUUGACCUUAUCCCCGCAUCAAUUAUCUUGUCAGCUGCCACU